AUGUUGUUCACAUUUUGUUUCUUUUUUUCAAGUGCUAAAUUUAAUAACUUUGGGUUCUUUUUUUUAAGCGCUAAAAACAAAAGUAUUAAGAAAAAUGACCAGCAAAAUUUGCCUGAAAAAAUUGAAGACUGGACAAAAGAACAUGUGAAACAAUGGGUGACAGAUGAACUUAAGCUUGACGAGAAACAUGGCAAUACCCUUCUUCAGCAAGAUGUGACAGGCACCAGUUUGAAGCUCUUGCAAAUGCAAGACCUCAUUGCUAUGGGAAUAACCUAUGGCCCAGCCAUACAAAUUAUGCAUGCUCUAAAAGGAAAAGAUGAUCCAGGUGAGGGCACUAGCAAAGUUCCUGGUAAAGAACCCAGCAUAGAGACUCUCAGUGCCAACUCUUUCAUGGAAAACAGAGACGGAGGAAAGAUGGAAGAAAGUGCCCGAGGGAAAUCGAAGUCAACUAAUGCCUAUGAAUCUCCAGAACCUGCAACAUCUGAACAACCACAGCCUCCAAUUCAAGAAACAAUGGACAACGUGAUUGGCCCGAAAGAUGGAGAAAAACCACUUCCAGACAGACAAACUUGCCUACCAUAUCCUUUUGAUGACUUCCACAGUGGUCACCGUUAUAUACAACAACAUGUUCUCAGCAUUCCUGAGACAGGGCCACUUAAUCUCAUUGACCCAGCUCAUGAGUUUAAACUUUUUACAGAUGCAAUUCAAAAAGCAACUAAAGAGAAUCUGAAGUUCAAAUUUUGCAAUGAGGUUUUCAGAUUUGCUGCAGCAUGCAUGAAUUCCCGCAGCAAUGGUACUAUCCAUUUAGGAGUACUGGACAAACCUCAUGGGGAAAUUGUUGGAGUGAAAGUUGAAAGCAAAGAUAUAUACAUUUCCUUUUUUAAUACAAUGAUACAGCACUAUUUUGGAAGAAUUGUGGAUGUUGCAAAAGAUUGCAUUAGGGAGCCUAGGUUUGUGGAAGUGUUACAGCAAAAUAACACUGCCUCAGAGACAUUUGUCAUUGAAGUAGAUGUGGUACCAAAACACUCCUGUUGUCAAUCUAACUAUUUCCCUAGUAAGAUAUACAACUAUGUGGAAAGAAAAUGGGAAUCGUGUUUGUUUAUAAGAGAUGGCCCUUCUUCUAAAAACCUCCUUAAAGACAGUAAAAAACAUAAAUUAUUUAUGUCCAAGUUGGACGAGUUAGCAGCUUCACGAAAGGUUGCUGAGGAAAAACAUCGAGAAAACAGGAGGAAGAGAGAUUGUGAGGGUCCCAAGCUGGUGAGCCUACUCACUGGGAAUAACGACUUGCUAGAUAACUCCCAUUAUGACUGGUAUAUUUUAGUCUUAAACAAAUGCCACCUAUCUGAUAUAAAGCAUGUGAACUUUUUGCAGGAAAUAAACUUAUUUGCUGUUCUAGAGUUAGAUCCUGAAUCAGCAAGCAAUGGUGUAGUCAAAGCAUUCAGAGAAAACAGAGCUGCAAACCUUCAUAUUCCAAUGAAAUAUCAGAAGCCUAGGAAUUCAACUUCUGAAACAAUUGAAGAGCUGAAUCUAUAUCAGCAACCAAGUUGGAUUUUCUGCAAUGGUAUGUCACACCUGAGAGGUGAAGAAUAUCAGCCAUUGGACCCUAAGUUGUGGCAGCAACAGAGGGCUGCUGAGGUCCGAAAACUGAUUGCAUUUCUUUCCCAUCCAGACAUAAUGCCAAGAGGGAAAGUUUUGGUUGUGUUUCUCCUACUAUCCCAAGUAGAGGAUCCAGGUGAUCCCAUGAUUGAAGUAUUUUGUAUGUUUUAUCAAGAGCUUCGAGGACUUGAUGACAUGCUGUGUAUUUGUAUUGGAGAAAAAACUUACCAGUGCUGGAAAGACCUCUUGCAAGCCAGAUCUAUUGAACCAGAUGCACUAGCAGACAGGUGUAUAUCUAAUCUGAGCCUGGACAUGGUGGAUGGAACUAUCCUAAAAUUAAGAUCAGUGACACAAACCUCUCAGAGGUUUUUACCAUCAAAAGGAUUUUCUUCUUCAGUUCUCUCAAAGAAAGAAGAAGACUGCAUGACUGCGCUAGAAAUACUUUGUGAAAAUGAGUGCAAAGACACAGAGAUUGAGAAAGAUAAGGAUCGUUUUUCAAAAUUUAAAAAAUCCCAAGAAGAGCAUUUUUAUAGAGGUGGAAAAGUGUCUUGGUGGAAUUUUUAUUUCUCCUCUGAAAACUAUAGUUUGCCUUUCAUCAAGCGAGACACAUAUGAUAAACUUGAAAAGCUGAUUGAAUCAGAGUCCCAGACCCUGAAACAGUCUCCUACAAAAAUUAUCAACCUCUACCAUUAUCCAGGCUGUGGUGGCACUACCUUAGCUAUGCAUAUUCUCUGGGAGAUGAGGAAGAAAUUUAGAUGUGCUGUUUUGAGAAACAAAACACUUGAUUUUACAGAAAUUGGAACACAACUGACCACCUUAAUCACAUAUGGGGCAUUAAACCAGUUUGAUUAUUUGCCUGUUUUGCUACUUGUGGAUGACUUCGAAGAGCAAGAAAAUGUUUACUUGCUGCAGCAUGCUAUCCAGUCUGCUAUAACCGAAAAAGGUAUUAGGUAUGAAAAUCCUCUGGUCAUCAUCUUAAACUGUAUGCGGUCACAGAAUCCUGGAGAAAGUUCAAAGAGCAACAGUCUGAACAGUAUUGCUCUGAUACAAAGUCUAAAUGUGAAAGAACAAAGAGCUUUUGAGGAAAAACUGAAAGAAAUUGAAGACCAGUAUGAGCAUCCUGAAGAUUUUUAUUCGUUUAUGAUUAUGAAGAAAAAUUUUGAUCAGCAGUACAUUGACAAUGUAGUUAAGAAUACAUUGAAAGGUCUUGACAUUACAAGCAAGCAAGCUCAAUUUAUUUCCUUUCUGGCACUGUUAAAUUCUUACAUUACAGAAUCCACCAUCUCAGUCUCACAAUGUGAAGAUUUUUUAGGAAUUAGCACCAAAAAAGCCUACUGGGGUAGAGAAAGCUUAGAUGACAAGAUGGGAAAUUGUUCCAACAUCAUAAUAAAAACUGAAGUGCAGGAACUUGGUCGCUACGAAGGGGUACGGAUCAGUCACUCCCUCAUUGCUAAACAGUGUCUUGAAGAAUUUAAACAAACAUACAAGUUGACUAAAAGUGAGAUUACGCUUUCGUUGUUACGAAAUAAUUUAUUUUAUGACACUGGCAUAGGGAGAGACAAAAUACAGCAAGAUGUGCAAAGCAUGCUGCUUACAAGACACCGAAAGGAACAUGGAGACGACACAGACACAUUGUUUUCCCCAUUAAUUGAAGCCAUUCAAAAAGAAGAACGAGGAACUGAAGUUGAAAGGGUGUUAACGGAAGGAACCCAACGAUUUAGCCAGAAUGUAUUUCUUAGUCAAGCCUUAGCAAGGCAUUUCUACAUUAAGGAGAAAAAUUUUGGUCAUGCCCUAGAGUGGGCUCUGAAAGCAAGAAAAGGUGCACCUAACAAUUCAUACAUAUCAGACACUUUAGGCCAAGUUUAUAAAAGUGAGAUAAAGUAUCGCCUUGAGGAAAAUGCACAGAAAUCUAUCAUGAGUGUUGAAGUUCUGAAAGAUUUGUUGAUCCUUGCCAAGAAUGCCUCAGAAGCAUUUAAAGUAUCCCAACAACAAACAGAAAAUAAAGAGAGUGAAAAGGAAGAUUUUCAGAGAACAAAAUACAAAAGAAGGUAUGAAAUAUAUAAUACAUCUGGUUAUCUGGGGGAAAUAGAAACUGGGUUGUACACUAUAGAAAUUCUUGAAUGUACUCCUCUGUUCAAUCAAAAAGAUGAGAUUUCUAGAAAACAUCUCAUACACUUCUUAUCAGGAAACCAGGGUAUCUCAAAAUCCACAUGGAAUGCAGGAAGUGAAGAAUAUAGAGUGAUUCUUGAAGAGUAUGGGAGCUACUUAAGUACCUUGCAAGGAAGUUUUAAAAAAGCAUUUGACUUUUUUGAGAACUACUUUGUCUUUCUGAAACCAAAGAACCCUGAAAAGGAAAUCGUUGAGCUCAAAACACGGAAGAAGGUUCAUGAAUUUUUCAAAAAAUAUGUAGAAAUAUUUUGCAAAUCUGAUAUGGACCUGUUAAUGAACUCAAAACUGAGUUCAUCUUUGCAAGUGGAAAAUUAUAGGAAAAGUUUAGAGGGUUCCAAAGCAGACAAGUUUUCUGGGCUUUUGGAACAUCUCAGUAAUCAUGAAAAAUCAACAAGCAAACUGGAGGACAUAGUAAAGAAGUAUAACAUUUUGCUUGCUCAGAGCUCUACCAAAUCUCUGCAGAGGGACAAACAGAAUCUUAUCUUGGCCAGUAUCAUUCUCCAUUGCCUCAAUCCCAAAUCUAAGAUGGUAAGACCCUUUUCGGAGCUGAAAGAACAGCUCAGAACAAUCCUACAAUCAGUGGGCCUAGAGCACCGAUUUGCAGAGCCGUACUUCCUAGCUUCCUUGUUGUUCUGGCCUGAAAAUCAAAAGCACCUAGAUAAAGAUUCCAAGCAAAUGGAAAAAUAUCUCAGUUCAUUAAAGAAGGCAUUUAAUGGGCAGUACUGGCAAAUGUGUCGUUCCAAACAACCUAUAGCAUUUUUCUACCUUGGGAAAGGCAGCCUUUUGAAUAAAUUUAUUCACAAAGGAAAAAUUGAUGACUCUUUCACUUCUCUGUGCAGCAAGAGCUUGAGCACCCUGUGGCAAAGUGGAGAGAUAUGGAAAACGCCGAAUGCUAAACGCCUUUUGCUUCGGUUGACUGGCAAAGCAGAAGAUAAUCUCAUAUAUGUGGAUUACGGCAUUGAGGAAGACAUUAGAAUAUCAGCACGGCCUGUUUUCUUAGGCCAGUUGAAGAGCGGCGGAAGCAUAGAAAGAGUGUCUUUUUAUUUGGGGUUUUCCAUUGGAGGCUUGAUAGCCUGUGACAUAGAGAUCAUUUAACUGUUUUUCAAACCGUGUUCCUCUGACUUCGUAAAUGGAAUGCAGCAUUUCUCUUGUCUAUAGCAGCUGCAAGAGGCAUAUGUUACUCCCUACCACUGUCCGCCAUCAUGAUCGCACGGGCUGCAUCUCCUGACUUUAAAGGGAAAGGGCUCUGACUGCAUCUGCAGUACAGCUGCACUGAUAUUCCCUCGGGCUGUAAAAUGACUUAUAGUGGUCUUUCUAAGUGAUCCAUGUUUCUGCUGAAGAUUCCUUGGUGAGCCCUGCCUUUUGGUGCUCAUAGCCACAACAGCAGUGGAAGAAGGGAGUAAGCAAAUAAUGACUAGAGUAGGGGUCCCCCCCACCAUGCUGCCUCUGGGCUCCAUUGUGCCCACCAACACCUUUCCAAGUGCUUUUGGAAAGUGGACAAGGCCAGAUGGGGCUUUUGCCCAGUAUGGUUUCUGAUUGGUUGAGCCGAUUUUUUAAAAUGCUGUUUGGGAACAGCUGCCACCACAGCACAAGGAUCUUCACUGAACGACUGAAAGUAAUCUGUGUGUACAGGCAAGAAGAUAUUUUUAAACGUAGGCUAAAUUUAAGAGGUAUCCUAUUAAGCACAGCUUCUGCCUGAAAUGUUGAAGAAUUAAUAUUAGAAUUACGCAUAACCUGACAUUUGGAUUUGGCGUUGCCCCCUGUGAUGGCAGUCUUGCAGCUGAGCCCACCACCAUCCUGGGUCAAAAUUCCAAAAGCACUCACAGGCUCAAAAAGGUUGGGGACCCCUGGACUAGAGAACAGGUUGUCUUGACUAUUAGGUAUUGAUAUUCCUGUCUGCUGCAAAUUAUUCUGUUAGCUGUCACCCAGCUUGUUAUAGUGCAUGACAGAAGACAAUUUCUUUAUGGUAUUAAAUCUGUUGCAUGUCAUCUGUUGUAUUGCAAACAGAAAGGUUGCUUUAAUUAAUCAUAAAACCAGUCCUUGAUUGUCCCCAAGAAUGUGGUUUUUCUCUUGUACUUGA